CACUGGAUGAUUCAGCAGCAGCUGCACUGAGUAAAAAAGUGACCUCAUCAUGGAGCGUAAACUGGAUUUGUCUCGUCUAACUGACGAAGAAGCGAAACAUGUAUGGGAGGUGAUCCAACGUGACUUCAACCUCCGGAAGAAUGAGGAAGAACGACUAGGAAAAUUAAAGGACUCCAUUGAGAAAGAGGACAACAAGCGUGAGCUGCUGGGCGCACAGAAUAAUUUGGCUGACUCCCUGUGUAUCCGUUGCCUGCAACCCUUCAAAUUCCUGGUGAACAGCAAGCGUCAGUGCCUGGACUGCCGCAUGUUCAUCUGCAAGUCAUGCAGCCGCUACAACAAGAAAGAGCAUGGCUGGGUGUGCGACAACUGCCGAAUGACCAGGGUUCUGAAGAUUGGCACCCUGGGAUGGUACCAUGACAACAUCCGCAACCGUUUUAAGCGCUUUGGCAGUGCAAAGGUCAUGAGGUCACUCUACAAGAGGCUGAAUGGAGAUGGUGGACGUGAUGACGACACUCAGAGCAUGCCCGAUGUCCGCAGCAACUACUACAAUGCUAUGGAUGAUGAUCAAGAAGUUGAGGCACAACGAUAUAAAACGAUGCGUAAAAACAAACGUCUGCUGUCAGUUCAUCCAUUUGACUUUGACUCAGAGGAUUACUUCCCCUCAUCACGGCGCCCAUCAGUGCAGCAAAUUCAAGAGGAACGAGCGUACAGGAAUGAUGCAGAAUUUGACUAUAACCUACAGCGGAUGAAUCGUAGGAGAAGUCUGGAUCGUUACGCGAUGAGAACUGAUGAUUAUGGUGAAAAUCGGAUGGUUCGAACUCGAUCUUUGUCCAAGAUCAGCUCGAUGGCUCGUCAGCAGUACAUUGACACAUCUGAUGAGGAAGAGUGUCAGAGGUUUCCACCAAUGUACCAGCCACCGCCCCACCGCCGCCGCAAUAGCCGAGCCUCAUCUCAGGAGAACCUGGGCCAAGCCCCACCAAUAAACGAGUUGAACAAACGCAUGUCUGCCAUUGAGGGUUUGCUGAAUCGUCUGGAGGAGAAGAUGACACCAGCUGACAAGACAUCCGGGUCAUCAGGACUGAACGAGGAAGAGAAACUGAUGAAGAAGUUGAGCGAGCUGGCAGGGAACCUAGGAAACAAAUGCCUUUCAUCAGAUGACGAGCCUGACAAGAAGACCUUCACGGGGGGAAAGACCAAAAGUGCUAGCAAGGCAGCGGCCACUAUGGACUCUAUGAAGGAUCUGAGCUCAUCCAGCGAGGACGUGCCAAGUGAAGCACAGAAGAGAUCAACCGCCGCCGCCCUCUGUGACCUCACCACUGAGGCCCUGAGAACCAUUAAUGCCACAGAAAACGCGAUGGUUGAAUUCGGCCUGUCAGAGCCGGUCGACAGAACCAACAUGUUAGGGACCGAUGCUAAACAAGCCGAUGAGGCAUUCAGGCAACUUGAGGAAAAUGUUUACAUUGCCGCCGGGCAGUCUUACGAACUGGAAACGAAACUGCGGCGGCUUGAACAAAGUGCUAAAAAUCGUUUUGGAGGAACAACAGAUUCGGAGUUGUCUGAGCUGGAAGACGUGGUGGCGCUUACUGCCGCCAGGGUGCAGAGUGCUGAAAGCGAGGUGUCUGAUAUCGAAAGUAAGAUUGCAGCUCUGAGAGCAGCUGGGUCGAAGAAAAAGGUUUCUGGAUCACAGAGGAAGAAAUCCAGUCAGGAGCAAAUUGCCAAAUCUGAAAGAAAUGGAGCUGUGUGGAAAUCCAAUAUUUCUUGAACCAGAAAGUUUCUUCUGCUCAGUGAGGGGUUCUAGGUUUUAAACACUUUUCUUUUCCUUUAAAGCCUUUUAAGGAAAUAAUUGAAAUGAAGUGAUGAAAACGUAAUACAGUAUUACCAUAUUUGAUACAGUAUCUACAACAAUUAGGAUAUUUAAAUGUUUUGGAUGUUCAAAAUAUGUUCCAUAAUCAAAGAUGUAAGAUCCAAUUUAAUUAAUAUUAUUUCAUUUUACUGCAGUCCCUUGAGAUAUUGCAUGUACGAGUACUUGACUUACAACAUAAGAGGUGCUGUAUAUUUUUCCCUUCAUUUAUGAGCCAAACCUUGAUGUACAUAUACAAACUCCUUAUUGUUUGGUGGCAGCAAUCUCAUAUCCAGUCACUUCACAAUAAGCUCUAGUUUGGCAGAUUUUUUUUUUUUUUAACAGGAAGCUUCAAGUUGCAUGUUUCAAGUUUUCAAGCUUCCAAUUCUAGUUGAAGUUUUAAUGUCAAACUAAACUAUAAAACAAAAGGAUUACAUAUUUUGAAUUUAACAACGUUACCUUUGGAAUGCUAACACAACAAAGAUGGCCUUAUUUAUACUAUGUACUGUACUGUGUAUGGCAAGGUUAUUGCGCUUAUUUAUAUUAGAGCACAAAUAGCAGACUAAUAAAUGUACAGUAUAGAUUAGGGGUCCCCACCUUUUUUGCACCACGGACCGGUGUUACUUGGGUCUUUUUCACGGACCGGUGUUCUGACAUAUUUUGCAACCCAUCAAAAAUUGCAGCGAUGCGGUUCUGCGCAUGAGCGUAACGUUAAAAAUGGCCGCAAAUGCAGCGAUUCCAAAGUAAACACUACAAACUCUCUUUAAAGAAAGGAAUGUUAAUUACGUUUGAUCAUGGAAGGACAUGUAGAAAAGUUCUCCUCAAAAUCAUUCUGCCAUGUUAGCUGCACACAACAACUGCACACCGCUCUCUCACCAUUUACGACUUCGCCUUGUCGUUAAGCAUUAAUUAAGAAGCCCGCUUCACAAAGAUAGGAUGUUGGAAUUUGUAGCAAGGUUUUCAAUGCUCUCGUAGCGAUGUCAGAAUAUUCCGGAAUGACUUUAAUCCAGAACCUCGGUAGAGUUGUUGUCUCAAAUGUACGUUUAAGGUCGCCGUCAUUUGCGAUCUCUACAAGCUGAUCCUCCUGUUGCACAGACAUGCUCGAAUCACUUGGUUUAUUCACAAACGGGUCACGAAUCCACUACUUCGCAGUUCGUGGGUCUUCGAGGUUGUAGGCUCAUCUUCUGGCUUGUCAGGUGCCCUUUUCGCCGUAAAAAUAUCUCUAAAGACGUCUGUUUUCUAGUCAUCUUCGCUCGUGUGGGGGAACAAAUGUGCUACGCCCGCGGCCUUGUAAUACGUUAUUAUCGAGGACAAGCGCACAUAGAUAUAUUAUAUACACAAAACAAGAUGUACUGCCAGCAGUCCAAUCAAUGGAUUUAUAUGACGACAUUCUUAUCUAUCCCAUAGUAUUAUAUCUAGAGUAGACAGGGAUAUUGGUGUGUCAAGCAGGGGCACAGGGUUAAUUCGGCUAGAAUGCGGUCGUUAAUAAAUUAUUAUUUCUGUGCGGCCCGGUAGCAAAUGCACCACAGACCGGUACCGGUCCGCGGCCUAGCAGAUGGGGACCCCUGGUAUAGAUAGAUGAUAUAACAGUACUCACAGCCACAUAUUUGUUUACCCCUUGCGAAAAUGAAUGAUAUUAUUACAGCUUUCUGUAGCACUGAGAAUCUGAGCACUGACUUAGGUGCUGUUUGUGCACAGGUUUCUGGCUUCUAACAUUCCUAAAACAUAAUAUGCAUAUUUGCUUCAAUGUACCGAGUGAGUGGCGACCAUUCCAGGAUGUACCCUGCCUUUAUAUUCAGCAAAGAUAGGCUGCCCCUUACCUGUCUUGACCAUAAUGAGAAUAAGCAGUGUAAAAAUGGAUAUGUGUGUAUUGUAUGUGAGCCUAUCAAUCAAAUCAGUGCAAUUUUGCUUUUUGUAGUUGUCAUUAUAUUUUCAAUCUGCCCCAUUUCCCUUUAAAUUCCCCAAACAUGCACAAAGACUUUAAAAUACUCUAUAUGUGUGAAUGUGUUAGUGGUUGAUUGUCUCGAUCAGAGUCAGCUUGGAAAUGUUCAAAAUCAAUCUAAUAGAACCCCAAUGAAGAGGGGCUCUCUAGAAAAUUACUAAAUGAAUGUGAAAAUGUACAGUAUCCUUAAAAUCAUAAUUCAUCACAAAAAAAUACAAAUGAUUUAAAAUGUAUUUUGUAUGUGUCACACAGAGACUGACA